AUGCCCAUCAGGCGAAAACACACAAAGUCACGCCUUGGGUGCAGCCAGUGCAGGAAGAGACGGGUGAAGUGCGACGAAAAGGUCCCACAAUGCUCGCCUUGUUUUCAGCGUGGUGAGAGCUGUGUCUACUUGAGGUUUCCGACCAGAUCAACCACGGUACCAGCACCGAGGACAGCCAUUUCGCCAGUCACAUCGACCUCGCCAUCAGAUGUAGAUACGAGUCAAGAUUCUCCGGCUCUCAACACCACCUUCCCGGGCAACGUGGAGGAUGCACUAUGGAGUCCAGACCGAGUCCGUGAGCUCGAGCUUUUGCAUCACUGGUGCUUGAGAACCUCCAAAGACUUCACGCCAGACUUGGUGGACUUAUUCCAGGACUACCUCGUCAAGGUAGCCCUCAAGAAUCCGCAUCUUAUGAACGCUCUCCUUGCGCUCUCAUCGUUCCACAUCGCCUGCGAGACGAACGACCCUGCCAUAUCGCGCGACUUUACAAGUACAGGCAUGAGAUAUCACACCAGGGCUGUUGCGGGCCUGCGAGCUGUUCUCGGCUCGCUCUCGCCCGAGAACUGCGAUCCUGUGUUUGCAAGUUCGACCUUCAUCAUGGUGUGCGUUAUGGUCUCGCCCUUCCUUCCUGUUGGGCAUAAUCGAACUUUCAAUUUCACCGCUGAAGCCAUAUUACCGCUGGCAGACAUACUACGCGGUCUUGGCCUAGUUAUUGAGACUUCACAACGGAAGGUGCAGCAGGGCCCCCUCAGCGGCAUCUUCAAUGUGUCAUGGCCGAGUCUUCCCCACGCAACGGUCUCACCUAUUCUCGAAGACCUGCGCAAAUUUAACGCAAGCAAGUCAAAUUCAGCCACCGCACCCGUAUUCGAGCAUGCCAUUCAGGCUCUCCAGAAGAAGAUACUCGACAACACUGCAGUCUUUCCAUGGAUCGCACUCGCAGGGCUGGAGUUCAUCGAGCAUCUGAGGCUGCAGAACGCUGUUGCCAUGGCCAUAUUCAUGGUCUGGGGUGCGCUCAUGCACAUGGCAGACAACCAGUGGUGGGCGAGGUUCUCGGGAAAGAAUCUGGUAAACGAAACCUCACUGAUCAUGACCUCGAAAGGCGAAGAGUUUAUAGGCAUCAUCACAUGGUGCCGGCGAGAGGUUGGCUUGAGUGAGCGGCCUUGA